GGAGAGUUGGGGGGGGUGAGUUAACUCUUCUUUUUUUUCACCAUUGGUUCCUUUUUCUCUUGGCAGUUGGCAAUUACAGGUUGUUCUUCUGUCUCCUCAGAACAAGAAUUAAUCCGCCAGGACUUGAGUUCCCGAUUCCUUACGACGCAAGGCGGGGCCGACAUGGGAGCUGCUGCCAUUCGCCCUCUGGCUUUCCAGUUCCACCAACACAACCACCAGCACCAGCACACCCACCAGCACACCCACCAGCACUUCACUCCUUUCUCAUCAAGCAUGGUACCCACACCCAGCCCAGCCAUAUAUGAGAAGUACACUGGGAAAAUGGAUGGGCUUCUGAGACAUAAUUUUUAUCCUGCCUACCCCACAACCGUGUCGGGGAUCUCCCCAGUCCUGCCUUCUGUGAAUUUUGGCUCCCUGCAGGGGGCAUUUCAACCUAAGAGCACUAAUCCUGACCUGCCUUCCCAGCUGGGUGCUGUCCCGCCCAGCAUGUCCCAGAAAGGCAGCCAGAUCACUGAUCCUUUCAGGCCGACCUUGAGAAAGCUGGGGAAGUGGUGCGCCAUGCACGUCCGUGUGGCAUAUAUGAUCCUGCGGCAUCAGGAAAAAAUAAAGCUGAUGCAGGGUGAUCCCCAUAAAUUGGAUUUCCGGAAUGACCUCCUCACUUGCUUGCCUGAGACCAGAGCCUUUGGCAGUCUGCCCCAUAGCCAGGAGCUGGCACGCCCUGCCACCCUUUUCACAGCCGCUGGUGUCGUUCAUCCAGGUAAUGUCCCCUCCUUUGCUCCUGCCACUGCUACUCAUGGCUCUUUCCUCAACCCCAGCCCCCACAUUGAUCCCUUUGGCAGGCCUCCUAGCUUUGCCUCUCUGGGCACCCUCUCCAAUGGGGCAUUUGGCGGCCUGGGAAACCCAUCCUUCAACUCAAGUGCAGUCUUUGGGCAGAAGGACAGUCCUGGAGCUCCUGCCUUCCCUAGUCCACGUGAGGCAUGGAAUUGCUUACACCGUACACCUCCUUCCUUCCCUACUGCCCCAUCCUGGCCCAAAGGUGGCUGCAAUGAUGGUACAGAGCAUGGAAGCAGCCAGCUUGACAAGGAGAGUGAGAAGUCUGAAAGGCCAGUGAUCAAGGAUGAGAAGGACAGCUUCGCCUUGGCGGAUGUUCCUAUCUUAUGUGCCUGUUUUAUUGCCAGUGGCCUUGCCUGGGCGGAUGUUCCUGUUUUCUAAGAAGCCUGCAACUAACCAGCAUGUUUUGUUUAACUGAACAUACUGUACUUCAUGGUUAGGAUACAGCAACAAAGACAACACAGCUUAAUAAUGCACUUAAUAUUUCUAAUUCUAUUAUAAAAGAGUAACUUAAUAUUUAUUUCCUUCAAAUCCACCCUUUUCUUCCUGAAUUACUCUUUUAUACUUGCAACAAUUCAUAGUUUCCUAUGCUCUCUAGGUUCAUGUGAAAGCAAAUUUUUAUACUCUGAAUCUUCUGUUUCCAACCUUUGUCUUUCUACUUUCAGUAUCAACAUAGUUUCCUUCACCACCACCACCCUAUUGACGUUAUUAGAGUCAUGCUACUCGUAGUUCUUUUUUAUUAGGAUUUGUAUGAGAGGAAUCAAACACGGUAACAUCAUCAGGGCUAGGAAUCGCAAGAUAACAAAUUUGGCUAAUUCCUUCCAGUUUCCAAUUUUUAUAUCACUUGGUUGUACAGCUCUUUUUGUUUUGACCUGAUUAGCUAGAUCAUCAUAUACAGCUAGUCCCAACAGUUGCUUUUGUCUAAUGGGGAGGAGGAAAAAGCUUGGCUUGAUUAUUCCCAAUAUACAAGAUCCAUACCACCCCUUAGGUAGAUAUCCAUAGGCAUACUUUUCACAUAUCCAAUACAUACCUUCCAGAGCUACUCAGUCCAGAGUGUCACUUUCGGGAUCCUUCAAAUAAGCCAUUUCAGUUAUUUCACUUAAUACUUCCUUUUCUGAGGUUCCACUUCCUCCCCACCAACUGUUGUUAUUCCAUACAGUCAAACAAAUCAUGUCUCAUACUGCUACCCUUUUAUCAUUCUUCUUUUUCUCAUAACACACUAUCUUACACCCAAUACUACAUACACAAUCAAUGCAAUGAGAACAACAACAUCCACAAACACAAUUACAAAACCAACACAUCUGGGAGGGCGUGCAAUGGAAUCAGUUGUAGUCUCCUUCAGCUGAGGAAAGAGCGUAGGCAACCAUUCUGCUCUGAAUAGAAAAAACAAAAGUUAAUCCAAGAGUGAAUAUUACCCCUCCUACAGGUAAAAGGAUUGUCCACCAGUCCAUUAGGUUUUUCAGAUCGUCAGCUUCAGUGGAUCUCCUUGGUGAGAUUCCACCUUCCACUCCUUUGGGGCUGGCAUGGGCCCUUUCACCUGGUAAUGAGUCCACGCUUUUUCGCAGUUUGAAUUGCAGUUUCAGUGGUCUACAGGAUAAUGAAAGGUCCUUCCCAAGUUGGAGUCAAUUUCUCAUCCUUCCAGGCCUUUAUCAACACCCACUGUCCUGCUUUAUAUUGGUGUACAGCAAAGUCCAAGGGUGAUGUUUGUGUGAGAAUGCCUUUCUGUCAUAAAAGAGAAAAACAUCUGGACAGUUCUUGUACAUAUUUCUGAUUAUUUUUUCUUUUAAUUCAAUUCUUGGUAAACCUUCCCUCCCCAUAUAUGGUAUCCCAAACAACAUUUCAAAUGGUGAUAUUCCCACAUCUUUUCUAGGUUGAGUUCGUAUUCUCAGUAGGACUUAAAGGAAGACAUUUAGUCCAUGGCAUAUGUGUUUCCAAUAUUAAUUUGAUCUAACAAUACUCUUAACACCACUGUUGCUGUAACAUUACUGAAGGGAAAAGCUUCAACUCACCCUGUGAGCUGGUCUACUCUGACCAAUAAAGAUUUUACUCCCCCCACUUUUGGCAAUUCUGUAAAAUCCACUAGAAUACACUGAAAGGGUCUUAGCGCUGGUGGCCUUCCACCCAUCUGUUGUUUCCUGGCAGCUUGUCUGUUUACCUUUUUACAAAUUAAACAUUUGUCUAUAAUUGAUUUUGCCACAGGAUAUAUUCCAAUACAACCAUAACAUUUCAAAAGUUCAUCUACAAUAGCUUGAAUUCCCCAAUGACUUCCUUCAUGUAGUUUUCCCAUCACAUUUCUAGUAAUAGCUUUGUUAAAAACUUGUCUUCCAUCCAUCAGAAACCAUCUCCCUUCCUUAUCCUGUCCUAUCCCAUCAUUUUUCAUCUCUUCUCCCUCUUUAUGCGUAAAUUGGGACACUCCUAUCUCCUCUAAUCCUCAUCCUCAUCCAUCAAUUAAUAUACUUUCUGUUCCUUUUCUCUUUCUACUUCCUUUUGUGGACAGUUUCUGGCAAAAUGUCCAUCCCUUCCGCACCUAAAACACUGUGUCCUUCUACUAUAUCCAGUCCACAUUCCUUUUCCUCUGCCUCGCCACAUUCCUCUAUUUCCCACCCCUCUUUUCUCUCCCACAUUCUCCAUGGGAUCUUCCUUGCAAACACUUGCUAUUACCUUUCCACCUACUUCACCACCACAACAACAAAAACCUUGCAACUUACUGUUUCUUUGUAAGACAGGGAAUCAAAAUACUACCUCCUUUUUAUCUGGGAUUGGGCUCAACACACAGACGUUCACCCCAACUUUUUACCAUCAACAUACUCACACAUUUGUACUGAAAUCAGACUGCUUGCAUAAACAAUUUCACACAGAAAAAUUCAUUUCAUGCUUUCUCCAAACAAACCAAUUGUAAUUAUUUUAGCUAAUGAGCUCCAUUUUCUAAAUCUUUUUGUAUACUAUUUUUGGAGGGUCUCAUCUUCCAGGUUUGGAAAUGAUUACACACAAACAUAUUCAUGUACACAUAAACAACAUUUCCAGACCUGGGGAGGUUUUGUUCCUUUAAAUCUCCACUUUUUCUUUCCUUGGGCAACCUGUAGUUUGUUCUCAAAGCAGUAGGAAAACUCAAGGAGUGGUUCCAAUCAAAAGUGUGAUUGUGGGCCCUAACCACUGCCUCCCUGUUUCCCACAGCCUUCGGCCCAAGCCAAAAAGCCCAUUUAGUUCUCUGGUUGGCCAAACAUCUCACAAGUAUAUUUUGUUUUGAGCUGCAGCUGCCCAACUGGGGUUAUACACAGGUAAAGAUAUUUUUCUUCAAUCCCAUCCCAUUCAAUUCUGCAUGCAAUUAUUAUAGAUGCACAUCUAAGAACUUUUAACAGAAAUCACAUCAAAUUGAUCAAGUCAAAUUAUCUGAGUCUUCCCAUAUCCCAGGUUUGGCCCAAAUAAUGCCACUACUUCCUCCUCGACUGCAUGUGGUUCCUCCUGUAAUUUCUUCAUUUGUUUCUUAAAUUUUUUGAUGGUAUUUCUACAGUACUGCUAGUUAAUUUUAUAGUAAGUUUAUCUUUCCUAGGCUUAACACAACAAGUACAUUUAUUGCCCGUUUUCCCUUGAGAGUUUUCCUGAUUAUGUUUUCCUGAGUUUCUCGAUUUUACAGCCGUUCACAACACAACACCAGUCUGCUUCCCUUCAGGCUGGCCUUCCCCUCUCACAGGAGUAAGGAACCGCAACCUUUCAGGUCCACACUAGCUCUGGACUUCACUAGUGUUCCCGGAACACAGUCCAGCACACACACACUGCUGUUAUUGACAAACCUUCCACAAUCACUCUCCCGACCACCCAGGUACAAGUGUGCGUUCCCUCCUUCAGGGCAACUUACCUGGGCUGGUAUACCGGGUUGCCUGGUCCUCUUAGAGUCUCAAUGGUUGCGUCCUUCCUUUUCCUUUGAUAUUGUGGACCAGAGUUGUCAAUUCAGUUUCGGCUUGGGGCCCGGAAAUGGAAGUCCAGUCUCAGAUUACUCUAGGCAGUUGAAAUCAACCGGCGCGCCCCCAGAAUUAAUGCAGGGAACCCCAAAAGAGGCCCUCAAGCCCCACAUUGGACACCAAGAUUGUGAGAUGUAAGACCCGAAUUAUUUAAUACUCACAAUACAGAGACAGGUCUGGUUCACAAUUCAAAGGUUUAUUAAAGAAAAUAAGCGUUUGCAAAUGGGCCUUCAAUUUUCCUCUCUGUGGCUCCGAGAGUCCAGAGAGAUUGGGUAUGCUCAGUUCCUCUGCCUUGUUGGACUGAGUCUGCAUGAUAUUUGAAGCUCUGCCCUGCGCCGUGGCCACGCCCCAGUUUUCACUCAGUCCAGCCAGGACGAACGUGAAUUGCUGGGGCUCCACUUCGAUUGGAAGUGGAGGCCGUUUCUUUCAAAGAAAAAAAGUUUAAAAGGUUUAAAAGCCUCA